AAAAUUACUUUGCACCGUUAAAGAUGUCUGCCGAAGACGAAAAUCCAGAACUAAAUGACGAAGAAUCGUCAAAUAAAGCAAAGAAAUCAGCGAAAUAUGAUUCAGGAGCUGCAGAUUUGGAAAAAGUUACUGAUUAUGUAGAGGAGGCUGAAAUUUCACCGCAAAAUAUUGGAGAGGCUAUUCGUGUUGCCAAUGAUGAGAACAAUGCAAAGAAUGUAGCGAAGAAGGAAAAAGAGAAAGAAUUAUCAAAAGUAAAAAUCUCUAAAGAAGAUGUAGACCUUAUAGUGCAUGAAAUGGAAAUUCCAAGGACUAUGGCAGAGAGAAAGCUACGUGAACACAAAGGCAAUAUUGUCGAAGCUUUGGUUGCAUUGACUAACUGAUAUAACUUGAACGUAAAUUGUGAUCCGUGAAUUUUGUUACGUCAACACUUUGUUUUGUUUACUAUGUUUUUCAAAGAAGAGGAGUUACAGAUAAAAAAAAAAAGAUGCCAAAGAAAGCGCUGGAGGAAUUUCAAGAAUCACUGACUGUUAGUGAAAUACAGUAUAACUGAUUUUAGAUUAAAUAUGAAAUUCCAUUACUCAGCAGGUAGAAUGAAAUAAUUUAAUUACAUCAGCACACAAUUUCAUAGUUUUGGUCAGAAUGGCUAUUUCAUUGGGAUACGAAUUUUUUGAUUUCAAUGUCCAGUUAAUUGAUGGCAAUUUUGCUUGUUUGUCUGGAUUUGAUUUUGAUGAAUGACAUAAUGUAAAAGCACA